AUGCUAACGGAACUGGAAGAACUGGCAGAAGGCUCAGAGUACUACUCCAUUGGUAAGUCCGCGAUAUCGUCCACCCAGUUUGCAGCCAUGGAGCAGGCUCAGCAGAAUUUCGUAUCAAUGGAUGUUAGAAGGCUGAUCUGGUAUGUCUCGUACAUUGAUGUUCUUGCCUUUUUAUUUAAUGGAGUCAUUAAUAUAUGCGCAUACAGCCUCACAUACCAGUUUGGAGGCCUCAAGGCCAUCAGCAUAGAGGCUUCCGUACUCCCUUUGAUCCUUUUGCUUUGCAGGAACCCCACGCAGGCCAUCUUCUCCAGCAUUUCCGGGCCAGUUUUCAAGGCACUUGCAAUAGGAAAUAUCAACGUUGCAAACAUAUACGUAAGCCACGCAGUUCUAGUCAGUAUCAUUUGGAGCAUUAUGAUCCCAAUCAUCUUUAUUGCAUGGCACAAGCAGCUCCUAUUCUUUAUCGUGUCCGGACCCUACCAUGCCGAUACAGAUUUUAGCUUUGGAAAAAAGUAUCUGAUAGCGUCUUUUGUCAUACUCCCCCUCGCUUAUACGUUUAGUUCGGGCGUAAACAUUCUUUUAAAGCUCGAGAACAGAAACUUUCUCUACCUAUCAAAGACAAUCUACCUCGGAAUCUUGAGCCUGCUUCUUCUGUAUGUGAGCUAUUACAUAUCUGCUGCAAAGCUGCCGGGUUUUGGGACCAGCAAGCUCAGAGAAGGCACUGGACUUGAGUUGGUAGCCUAUUCUAUUGGUGCUGCGAACCUGAUAGUAGGCCUGUGGAUGGUCCUAGUUUUCAUGAGAAAAUCUGUUCUAGACAUCCCCUUACACGGUGGAUUAGGAUUUUCCUUCCGCAGGCUCUUUCCUUUAAACGGUAAGGUGCUUUUGCGCAUCUUCAUCCAAGGUCUGGCUUCGUGGAGCGGAAUAUCUGUCUUGAAUGUCCUUAUUUUCAGUCUCAAUAUAGUCUAUGCUCGAUGCUAUACAGACACUGUUGCAAUGAUGCACAGCAAGACAGCAUAUCUCAACUAUAUGCUCAUGUAUAAUGUGGCCUCCAUCUUCCUCGAUGGAAUGCGUCCAGGGUUCUCCACAAUUGCUUCGUACAACCACAGUCUUCACAACUAUAAGCGGCUCUAUGCGCUCAUUAAGUACAGCUGGCUUUACUGCACCGUUGCCACAGCUGCGGUUUGUCUUCUGCUCGGGGCCCUGUCAGACUACGUCAUAGCUGGAUAUCAGCCCUCUUUUGAUUCUGUCAGUCAAAAGGAUGCACUAUCUCUUUAUAUGAUGGGCAACCCAGUUUAUAAACGCGUGGGAAGGAGCGCUUUUUACACACCGUCGCUUAUCGUGGCCCAUAACAUUGCACAGGUUAUGGCGUCCAUAGAUAAUAAGAGAAGCUUGUUCUACGUAUUUAUGACUGUUCGUCCUGUUUGCAUCUUUGUCCUUAUGCUGGUCUUGGCAUUGACGAACGGCAACGGGGCAGACUUUUCUGUUUGCUUCCCAAUUGGUGAUGGAAUUGCCGGCGCUGUUGGGCUGCUUGCCCUUGCCAUGUACUUCACGAAGUAUAGAAGUUUGGCUGCAAAGUUGGGAGAUGCAGAAACAUGCUGCUCACCUGUAGAGCCGACGGCGGUGAAGGGCGCCAGCUACUCGUCUGAGAGGAGCUUUACUUCUGAAGCUCUGAGCGACGACUCAACAGAGGACAUCACAAUCAGCUGCAGUAACACUGCAACAGAGGAGAGCAGCUUCACUGCAUCUAGCAGAAGGGGGUGA